ACCAUGGCUAGCUUUUACAAAAACCAAAACUUUCUGCCCCCCUGCCCUAACAUUUUCUCGGGAAAAUUCUCUAAGAAAAUCUGCUCUUGAUUUUCCUUCUCGAAACCCACUCUGCCUUUUUACUCAGAAUCCAAUAAUUUUCGCUCCUGCUCUCUGGUAGAAGAGAUUUAUCGGAAAAGAAAGAAAGAGAGAUGUGUGGUGGUGCCAUCAUCUCCGACUUCAUUCAGCCGCCGGCGCGCACUAGCCGGCUUACCGCCGACUUUCUCUGGCCGGCCACCGAUGCGAACAAGAAAAACCCUAGUGGCAAUUACUACUCCAAGCCUUUGAGAUCUCAGAUCUUCGAUCUGGUCGAUGAUUUCGAGGCCGAUUUUAAGGAUUUCAAGGACUACUCCGAGGAUGAGGAAGACGACGACGUUAACGUCAAGCCCUUUGCCUUCUCUGCCACCAAGUCAGGCCUUACUCGCGGGUCUAGAUCAGCAAAAUCUGUGGAAGUUGGCGGACAGGCUGAAAAAUCUGCGAAGAGAAAGCGAAAAAAUCAGUACAGAGGAAUUAGGCAGCGACCAUGGGGUAAAUGGGCUGCCGAGAUCCGUGAUCCGAGGAAAGGGGUUCGAGUUUGGCUAGGAACCUUCAAUACUGCCGAAGAAGCUGCAAGGGCUUAUGAUGCUGAAGCCCGAAAAAUUCGUGGCAAGAAAGCCAAGGUGAAUUUCCCUGAUGAAGCUCCUUCAAAUGGCUCAAAGCGCAGCAUCAAGGGAAAUCUGAAGAAAGCACCUCCCAAGGAAAGGCCAGUCUCUGUUCAGCCUAGUCUGAAUGAAGAUUUCAGUUAUGCAAGCAACCUCGACAAUACCUUCUACAACAUGGACUUUGAGGAAGAGAAACCAUUGAGCAAGCAAUAUGGGGCUAAGGAUGCCUAUGCUGCCACUGGUGGGUCUGGUUCUGAAUCAUUUUCGCCAUCUGACUGUCCCACCCUCUAUUUUGGUUCCGACCAAGCCAGUAACUCUCUAGACUGUUCUGACUUUGGAUGGGGAGAAUUUAAUGCAAUGACACCAGAAAUAUCAUCUCUUCUUUCAGCCACUUUAGAAAGCGAUGAGGCCCAACUUGCAGAAGAUGCUAGUCCUGCAAAGAAAUUGAAAUCCAACCCUGUUGAUGUUGAAAUUGUUGAAGACAACUCCGCAAAGAAAUUUCCUGAAGAGCCAGCCUUUGAGUCCCAAAUGAAAUUCCUUGAGGCCCCAUUUCUUGAUGGGAACUGGGAUGCUUCAGUGUUCCCGUUCCUCAAUGGAGGAGAUGCAACUCAGGAUGCUGGAAACUGCAUGGAUCUUUGGACCUUUGAUGAUCUUCCUUCCAUGGUGGGAGCCGGAGUCUAUUGAGCAACCUUCACCCGUUGCUGGGUUUCUGUAAAUAAGGCUACAUAUUUGGUUUUGUUUGUUGGCAAGAGGCGGUGACAAACAAGAAACUAUGCUUAAGCCUUAGGUGCUGUGGAAGGAGUUAUUGUUAUGUGGAGAGUACAUAGGUAAUUAGGUUUUAUCUUGGUUUGAGACCUUUGAAUGAUGAUUUUGUCUUUAUAUAUAAUGUCUGUAUGGAUGAUGGAAUGUGGUGAAAACUUUAAGCUGCAGAAUAACUUGUUUGUUUGUCCCUAAUAAUGGAUGUGCUCUGUUUACAUGGGGGGAGGUUGGACCUCUCUUCACA